AUGGCCAGGAAGAAGCCUGUGUCGGGCAAGGCUCGCAAGGAACAGCUGCAGCACAAGCGAGCUAUCAAGCGGGCGAACCCGGCGGACCCUUCCUCCUCGUCCUCCUUCUCCUCGACAAGCACCGCCUCACUCCUCGCGACGUCCACCUCGAAGCCACGACUCGGGCAGCGUUACCGCACGCCUGAGCAGCGAGCGCGCGACGAGCAGCAUGCCGGGCGGAUGAAGCUUGAGUCGCGGUUCAUUCGCCUGCCAAAACACCUCGCCGAAAGGACAGAAUAUCAGGCUGCGAUGGAGAAGCUGGAGCGGCCUAUCAAGACGGGUCUUGCUGUCCUGACGGAGGAGGAGCUGCUGCCGAUGACGAAGGGCAAGGAGAAGGCGGUCGUGCUGCCCGGCGAGGAGGAGGAAGUCAACGAUGUCGAGCUGUCGUGCCCGAAACGACCACGUUGGCGGUACACGCAGACUAAGGCGGAGGUCGAGAAGAACGAAGAGGGCAUGUUCCGCAAAUGGCUCGCCGAGAUCGACUCGGUGCUCUCGCGACCCGCCUAUCUUGAUUCGGACGAUGCAGACGACGAUUCGCCCUCGCCAACCUUCUUCGAACGCAACCUCAACGUCUGGAGACAGCUGUGGCGGACGGUCGAGACGAGCGAUAUCUUGUUGGUUCUGAUCGACGUUCGCUUCCCUCUCCUCCACUACCCUCCAUCGCUCCGCCACUACCUCCGCACCCUCAAGCCUCACCCGAAACCUGUCAUCCUCGUCUUGACGAAGACGGACCUCGUCCCUCGCUGGGUGAGCGAAGCUUGGAGGCGCUACUUCGAGGAGGACGCAGGCGCACAAGGUGAGGGAGACGGACAUGCCGAGGGAGGUGCGAAGAUUGAAGUCGUGCUGAUGGAGAGCUACAAGGAGGAAGAGCGGGGCGAGGACACGCAAGGUACACACGCCCGCCUCCUCCCCGCCGCACCACCUCCCGCUCGACACGCUCUCCUCUCUGCCCUCCGCCGCGCGCACGAAUCCCUUCUUACGCCUCCUCCGAUCGUCGCUGAGAACCCCGAGCGACUCGCACGAUGGAAGCCGAAAGUCCGAAAAGAGGUAGACUGGGAAGGUGUCGAGGAGGAGGGCGGCGAGACGGGCGUACGAGCCGGGAAGAAGGAUGGCAAGGAGGUCGAGGCGAGCGAGAAGGGUCGGAAGUCGAGGCGGAAAGGUAAAGGCAAGGAGGAGCUCGCGCCACCGCGACAGGACCAGGCGGAAGAGCGCGGUGCGGAUGGGGCAGGCGAUGAGGGAGAGGGCGAGGAGGACUAUCCGUUCGUGACUGUCGGGCUCAUCGGCCAGCCAAAUGUCGGCAAAUCUUCGCUCCUCAACGCUCUCCUCGGUCGCAAAGUUGUCCGCGCCUCUCGUACGCCCGGCAAGACGAAGACGCUCCAAACGAUCUACUGGAACUAUUCGCUCCGCCUCUGCGACUGUCCCGGCCUCGUCUGCCCGUCCGCGGCCGGCUUCGAGCGACAGGUCCUCGGCGGCGUCCUGCCUAUACAGAACGUCGAGGCGGUCUUGCACUUUGUCGGACAGCGCAUUCCGCUCGAAAAGGUUCUCAAGCUCAAGCAUGCGGUUGAAAUGUGGCAGGGAGAGGACGAGGAGGACGAGGAGGACGAAGACGAGUUCAGCCUUGACUCGCCGGAGGAACGGGCGGCGAAGCGCGAAGCGACACGGCCACGAUGGACGACCGAUGAGCUCCUCGCUGCGUACGCGUUGCAGCAGGGCUUUGUGACGGCCAAGGUUGGUCGCCCGGACAUCUAUCGAGCAGGCGCCUUCAUCCUCCGCCUCCUGCAUUCGUCGGCGAUCCCCUGGACCUUCUUGCCGCCAUCUCUCGACGCGUACGAGCAGCAAGUUCAGCGGGACGAGAUGGAGGGCAUCUGGUUGCGGGACUUUGUGCCGAAGGCGGGGCAGGGAAGGUCAGGGGCCGAGCACGAGGCGGAGAGCGGGUCGGACGCUGAGCAGGCGUCCGAAGACGAAGACGACGACGAUGAGGUGGAGUCGGAGUCGGAUGAUCAGGACUCGGCGGACGAAAAGGCGGUUCAGGCGGUUCGAGGAGCUUUCGCCGCGCUUGCGAUCGAGGAGGGCGAGGACGAUGAGGAGAGCGAGCCGGACGGGAGUGAGCGUGAGUCGGACUAG